AUGCGCGUGCGGUGGUGGGCGACGAUGCGCGUGUGCUGUGUGACGGUGCUGGCGGCGCUGGCGCUGCGCAGCGCAGCCGAGCCAGCGCGGCGCGAGUGGCGCGCCAGGGAGGUGCAGCGCUCGCUCACCGACAUCUUCGAACCGGACCCCGCGCCCGCACAGCCAGACGCGAUAGUACACUACCCCAUGCACAGGGACCGGCGUCGCAUGCGCAACUACAACAAGCGCACGCAAACAAUCCCAACUGAGCUCGCCAGCCAGAUGAUGUUGCGCGCCUCGCGCUCGAGCCGCCCUUACGAUGUUCCACAAAUAGAAUGUCCGCCCGCUGCUGACGGCAUGGAGCGGUUUGCGUGUCCAACACCCGACCGGCAGGGCCGCUACCGCUGUAUUGACGAUCACGUCCUCUGCGACGGGUUCAUCGACUGCCCCAACGGCGAAGAUGAAGACCGACAGGCGUGCAUGUUUUAUAAAACGACGAAAGCCCACUUGGACGUCCUGGCCGAUGCGCUCUUGCGGUGGGCGCGCGGCCGC